CCUGCACAUGUUCUGGCAGAAGAAGACUCAGACGCAGGCCUGUCCCUUUGGAUGAAUCUUCUUUUUAGAACUGCUUGAAAUGCCUUGACCUAACCGCCAGCGUAUAAUGGCAGGAUUAGUCUCCUUUGUGGGUUUGGUGGCAGUGGUCAAGACCCACAUGGCCGCCCGUGGUCCCGGCACAGCGGUUCUGGGGAUGACCCUGUUGAUCAACGUGAUAGCCGCGGACUCACCUGUUGCAGAUGAGUCUCUAUUAGCCUCAACACACCACGCCAAGGGAUUUCUUGGAAAUGUUUUGAGUCCAACAAGGCCAUCACUAUCACCCUUGCCAACCUUUAUCGCUACCACCUUUGAGAACCAAGACACACAUGGCACUCAACCACUCAAUCCGCAACCCCACCGUGAAUCCUUCACACUAAGUGACCUCGAUGCAAAAGAAUCACCGCCUCUUUAUACUCCAUCAUUACAUCCAUCUCAACUUGUUUUGGGAUCUUUUACACAAUUAGAGGAAUAUAAACAUUCCAUAGACUGGAGGCUGGCUCAGAUCAAUUCUGCAAAACAAGCAAUUCUCCUCUUGCAAACUCCUUCAAUAUCUCAGAUGCAGCCUCAGUUAAAUACAUCAAAGCAUUCUGCUUUUGAAAGGUCAACAGCGCCACGGCUUAGUUUAACAAAAGAAGCUGAAGAUAUUCGAAGCAGUGAGAUGGAAAAAAAACUUCCAACAGUGACCUCCCUGCCUGACCAACCUACUGACCCACUUUAUUUCAGUGAUAAUCCAUCAGACGAAGCAUAUAUUUUAGAUCAAGUCUUACUAGACCCUACAAAUGGUCCAAGUAUAAUUCAAUAUGGGAACCAGUUGCGCCCAAGUGGUUCCCUAAUGCCAAAGAAUAAACUAGUGAACAUUUUUCCCAAUCCACAUGAGAUUUUAUCCCCUAGCUACCGUGUGCCGUUCAUCGGCCCUCACCUUACUUCACCUUCAUCUGAAACAACAGAGGCUGCGCCACAGGACUUCUACCCCAAAAAUACUGUAGACUUUGACUGGGGGAGUGGAGAUUAUUUGGAGACAAUGGCAUUCUUAAGUCCAGAAGAAGAGGACUACUCCCUGGUCACCAAGGUUCCCGACACAUACGAUCAAGAGGACUAUAGAGAACAUUACGAUACAGCCUUUCCCUCCCGGCUAGUCACAUCCCUUUCUUCUUUGCAUCAACUUCAUAUCCUGCCAUCUUCAAGCCUGAUCAUAGUGUAUUCAACGCAUUCACCUCUGACACCAAUGGAUCCCUCUUCUCUUUCCCCAGUUCACUCCACAAUAGAUCACACACUGGAACUUACUCCCACAAUUAGCAGUGAACUAGUAGAAGCAUCAGACAGUAUAGAUUGGUCAGAUACUUAUAGCAUUCAACCAACCGAUGUCCUCUUACCUGACAUGAACAGCUUGGAAUAUUACACCACACAGCUGACUAAGGAGAACUCUGGUUCAGGGAGUGAAAGUGACCAAAGAGGCAAUGUCAGUAUGCUCUCUAUCAGUUCUUCAGGCAUCAUGCCCACCAGCAGCAUCACCAAUAAUGUAAAAGUGACAGAGGAUAUCUCCGAUAAUGAUUUGUCAGGCGUUGAGCCUCAUGGUGAAACAACUAUAAUAAGAACAACAGAGAUUUUCAAUAGCUCAAAGCCUUUUCUGGACCAUUCAGUAGUCACAACACCCUUUCUUGACCCUUCUUCCGCCAUCUGGGCCACUCGUAUGUCAACCACAGAUUGGUCUGCAGGUACUCAUACUGUUGGCCUGCACAGAUCUGUAGUUAUACUACCCAGCCCUACAGAUUUUUUGCCAGAUGGUAUAAUGUCUUCCUUCUCCCUGACGGAUGUCCACUGGUUUGUCACAGAGGUCUUCCCACUAAGUACUACCAUACACCCUACUUCAGUCGACACUGCAACAACAGCCUUCACCUCUGGCCCUACUGAGCAUCCUCGUGCUACAACUGAACAGGCAUUCAAUAUCACCUCCGUCUCAGCCAAUGGUACUUUGAUCCCCCCUGUUGUGUUGGGUGAUGAGGGAGUGACGAAAGAGGAAUUUGGCAACCCAGCCACAAUGACCUUGAUCCCAACCAACAGUGAAGCUGAUGCCAUCGCACCCAUAACCGCAUCUCCAAAUGCCAACACAAGUUCUCAUCAAACUGCCGUUACCCCUGUCAUGGGUGGUGAGUGGCAGACUACAACUCUGACAUCCAGACAGUACCUCUGCAACCUUGAGAAGCCUGAGUAUUUAAUUCAAAUAGGUUUGCCCUCCGGGGCCAAAGUUGGAUAUGCCAAAUCUCAAGUCGGAGAGAUCCUGAAACGAGAAUUCAACAAAUCGGUUGAGUUACAGGUUAUAGAGCCACCACCACAGUUUGUAUUUCGGGUCGUAUCUGAUCCUGUUGUGUACACGGCCAUAUCGGUCAUCAACGCCAUACAAAGGUCAGGACGCCGCUUCCUGUCUGUAUCGGCCUACUGGAUGACACGAGACAAUAAAUACAAAGUUCACACAGUGCUGCAGUUUGUUCCCAGUCACAUAGAUGUACGGUUUUGCAACUUCAGCGAGAGCAUUGAGCGAGGUUUGACCAUGGCCUUUGCAGAAGUGCGUCAGCGCUCCCAGGCGUCAACCAAUUUUACAGUGCAAAUUAUCAAUAUUACCAUGGCUGUUCCUAAAAAUGAGCAACGACUGGGGAGGUAUCCAGUGGACAUCACCUUUACUGUGCGCAGCCCCCAGGGUUAUCUAACGGGGUCAGAGAUCAGCAUUGCUCUUAUGAAGCUCACCAAGGUGGAAUUUAGCUAUUACAUGGGCUUCCCUGUCCUGCAGAUUGCCGAGCCGUUUCAUUAUCCAAAGUUAAACACAAGCCAGUUCCUUCGGUCCUCCUGGGUGAGAACAGUUCUCUUGGGAGUGCUGGACAGUGAAGUGGGCCAGAGGACCUUUCAAGCGAAAAUCGAGCGCAGGGUGGCCAUGUUACUUGGGGAGGCCUUGGGAUUAGUCAGACGUGUCAAGAGAGCCACUAAUGUUGGCAACAGCAGCGUUCAGGUUGUGAGCAUGAACCGGCCUAUGGGUGUGGACCAUCCUUUGGAAGUUGUGUAUUUUGUGGAGCGCCCUGAUGGCCAGAGGGUCCCUGCUGUUGAAAUGGCCAACAUACUCAACAGCUUGGAUGUCCAAAAGGCCGCCAUCAUCUUGGGGUAUCGUGUUGAGGGCGUUUUAGCACAACCUGUAGAGAAGGUGCCAUCGUCACCUUCUGACACUGAGAACCCCAACAUGUGGAUCAUCAUCGGAGUGGUGAUUCCUCUCCUGGUGGUCAUUAUCAUCAUUGCCAUCCUCUACUGGAAAUUGUGUCGGACAGACAAGCUGGACUUCCAACCAGAUGCCAUGACCUCCAUCCAGCAGAGACAGAAGUCUGCUACCUCACAGACCCCCGUUCACAAGGGACUACCUCAACAUGAGAGGGGUAUUGAGUUUAGUGAAGAAGAAGAAGAAGAAUGGAGAUAUGAAGAGGAAGAUGGGGAGUAUGAAGAGAAUGAGGAGGAGGAAAUCAAUGUUAAAAGCAGAAAGGGAACGCUUACUCCAAAGAGCAAACCCAGUACAAGCAGUGAGGAGGAAGUGGAAGAAGGGGAUGAGGAAGAAGAAGAAGAAAUAAAGACGUUUGUCAAGAAACCCUACAAAGCAGAAGAGAAAAAUGCACAAGAAAAAAAGGCAACGCAAAAGAGAAAAGAGGAGAUGAAGAAAAAAGAGAAAAUAACAGUGUUCCCAAACGGGAGGCGAGACAAGCAGGAGUUACAGGCUCCCAGUGUGAAAGGCUUCGACUUUGCUAAGCUGCAUCUUGGCCAGCAGAAUAAAGAUGAUGUUGUGGUGGUCCAGGAAUCUAUCCCAGCGGGGCCUCUGCCCAUCUCAGAUAAGGAAGGCCUCAGUCCUUCCCAGAAUGGUGAUAUCCCCACCCCCAUAUCCAAAAACUCUGCCUCCUCCACCAAGGCAUCCCGUAGCUUUCGAAGACGAGAAAGGAUCUCGCCGUCAGACGGUGAUUCCAUGGUGAGUGACCGCUCCAGUGGGCGCGAGUCAGCUGAGGAGAGCCUGAGAGCUCAGGCCACACCCAGUGACAGCAAGCAGACGCGCAAAAAUAGAAUUGGUCCUCCUCCUACAAAUGGUCUCAAUGAACAGAUGUCCUCCGCUUCCAUAUUUGAACACGUUGAUCGGAUGUCGCGGGCCACAGAUGUAAGCCGAAGACUCCCCAACAAAGUGCAGCUUAUUGCCAUGCAGCCCAUGACGGUCCCACCCCUGAACAGCCACACUGGCAAAUUGCCUGAAACCAGCAAAAUAAACAAGGAGAUCCAAGUAGAAAUGAGGCAGAAAUCGGAGACCGAGCAUCAUCGAAACAAGAUCCGCCUGCGUGCCAAGCGGAAGGGCCACUAUGACUUCCCUACAAUGGAUGACAUAGACGUUGUGGACGUCAAAGACCAGGAUCACAUUUACCAUAAAGCGCAGAUGCAGAUAGAGAAGAUCUUGGAUCGAAAUGCACAGAUUCCCUCCAUCUUCAAGGAACCCCAAAACGGUGCUCGAGGGAGGCGCUCUCCCAAGCAGAGGAUGAAGGAGCUCUCAAAUGGCGCAAUGACAGAUGCAGACAAAGAUCACCUCAUCACUGAAGACGCUGAUGCUGUUUAUAGAAAAUGUCCCGGGGUUAACAAUGUAGCCUAUGUUUCGGACCCUGACCAAGCCCCAGGGUUAACGCACAGAAGCCCAUCCCGCACGGAUGAAGUCUUCCUCGGUCCCGCUUCCUCACCUCCUGGACAUGCCCCGCCCCCACAACCCUACCUACCUCCACAGCCCUCCAUCGAAGAGGCACGGCAGCAGAUGCAUUCGCUGCUAGAUGACGCCUUUGCCCUUGUGUCGCCCACUUCCCAGGGCAGUUCAGCUGGGGUGACUCUGCCAGGGGUCAAUUUCAAUGCUUCUGACUCCAGUCCUCCAGGCCGUGGCCCCAGACCUUGGGGCCCCUCCUAUCAAGGUCUUGGCCCUUACACUGGUAGAUUCAGUGACCUGAGUGUGUCUCCUCCUCUGGUUCAAGGCUUAACAUCAAGGCAGGAUCGUGGUUUGAGCUACCUUCCCCCAGGAGAGGCAGCAGGGCCCGAAGAGCAGCUCCGGCUCGACGACCUUUACUCCAGCAGAGGUCUCUACGCUGAGGCGCUGCCUACCUCGGCUCGGCCGCGGCCAGUAGGGGGUGCUACAGGCGUCCAACUUCAUCAUCUAACACAGGUGGGCCUGGCGAGCCGAAUGAAUGGUUUUCCUGCCGGGGUCAGGGGAUAUCCAGGACACAACGGAGGCAUCAGCUGGAACAACUACCACGAGGACAGUUACUGUAGAGCACUACCAGAUAACAGCGCACAGAUGGCCAGAAGUGUGCUAAGGGAGCCGUCAGCUCCUCCCACCCACCUGGACGCUGGGGCAGGCUACCGGUCAGCCCCACUCUCGCUGGAUACGACCCCUCCCACCCAGUCCUCCGCCUCCUUGAUCAAGGCCAUCCGUGAGGAACUUUUACGUUUGUCGCAGAAACAGGGUUACCACAGCUGAGGUGGCUCCGGCCCCACCUGCUAAUGGGACCAUGCUUCCCGUGGAAGCCCCCCAAGAAGCAAAGCAGAGAGAUAGUCCCGCUAGACGUCAAUAUUAAGGUGGCUAAAGUUUUGUGAAUGAAAUAACCUCCAGUUUGUCACUGUUGGACAAACAUGAAGAACAGUAUAUGAGAACCAGGACUCAGACCUUUUCGAGAUUUAGUUAUUUAGUGUGAUGGUUGUCAUGCGCACAUUGUUUAAAGAAACUGUUCAAAUUCAUCUCAUCUGAGCCAUGCUUUGCCUUGACACUUUGGUGACAUUCAUCUGGCUCCAUAGUAAAGUCGUAGUUCACAGCCAGCGAAUCAGUCCAGACACAAAAGGAGUGUACAGUGCGGACGAUCAACCCAUGAUGCUACCUACUUCUUAGCUUACCUAGCAAAGAGUUAGUCAAAGUUGUUACUUUUGGACUGUUUUCAUUCAAGUCCUUCAAGUUUUGUACAUUUUAUGAAUAAUGUUUAGAGAUGUAAAGCUUUGAAAUGCCUUCAAUUCAUCCUUUGUCAAAUGUAGAUCACAAGGAAGGAAAGACAUGUUGCUACUUGGCAAACGUGUCAUAUUGUAUGUAAUCAGCGCUUGGCCGUAUUUUGCUCCACUGCAUUCAGACUACUUGGUAACGCUCAGGUCUAGUGGAUUAAAAAUAAAAGAAAGGAACAAGAAAAUAGAGGUGGAUCGAGGGUGAUGAAGGAUACACCGACCAGUAAUGGGUUUCCUACAUCGCCAUCUCUAUUUUAUGCAGUAUUUGAUUUUUUUAAAUGCCUUUUUAACACAGGGUACUGGAUUUAUAUUUUGGUUUUUUUUAGGAUUUCUUUUGUUGUUUUUUUUAAAUUGACCUUGCCUUGUGUUACAUGCACCACUAAUUCUGGUUUAUUUCCCUUUUAUGUCAAGGUGAUGUGGGACCUGAAGUUAUGUUUUAUUUAAAUAAAGCAAAAGAACACAA